AUGGGCGCCGAGUCGCGGGACCAUGGGGCUGCAGACACCAAGAAGCGAAAGAGGAAUCGCAAGGCGCCUCCAGAUAGGAAAUUCGACUGCCAGCAUGAAGGCUGUGGGAAGAGCUACUCCCGCGCCGAGCAUUUACAUCGACAUCAGCUGAAUCAUACCCCCAAACAGAUUUAUCGCUGCGACUUUCCGGACUGUUACAGGACUUUUGUUCGACAGGAUCUUUGCAUUCGCCAUCGGGAACGUCACACCACCCACGGCUCACAGUUGCAGAAACGCGACAACUUUGCUCAAGCCUCUGGCAAUUUGCGAGCAGGACCAUCUCCUCCGCCAGGCCCAACGCAGGAUGAGAAUACUUCGGCUACCAAGGCCUCGCCUAAAAUACGCACAUCAACGUCGACGCAGACCGGUAUUCAUGCAGCCGAAUUCACCUCGACAGAUGUCUCCUACCCGCCUUUGACACCACAAACAGGAUUUGCCAGCGGUGACCCAGGAAUCAGGAGGUCGGAUAGCGCCAGCAGUUAUGUAAUGAGUCCUUCCAAGGCACAGACGGCAAUGUAUACCACUGGAUCUUAUGGCCCUGUAUCCGCAUCGACUUACCAGAAUACCCCAUUCAGCCCAAGCGACCUACGACGGAGUCCGAGUACUACCAAUGCGGGAACGGCCUAUAUGUCUUCUGGUGGGCUAGCCACUAGUCCUCCUCUAGGCUCGACUACGUACAUGUCACAACAGGAUCUAUCCAUGUCGAACCUGGGAUUUUCAAACUCAAACUUGUCUCAAUCAGGUCACUAUGGUCCGGCAGGGCUCAGCGCUAUGGAAAAUUCCGGCAUGGUCUCUGGCUCUGCGGAGAAUGGAGUUGGAGUGGAUUCCUCGUACCCAUACCCCAUCUUUGGUGGAGAGACGUACAAUCGCUCCCCGUUCGCCAUGGGGGACGAUUUUGCUGCCUGGUUGUUCAACGAGCCCACGACGGGAUCGCCGGUAAAUUACUCGAAUAUGAUGGCGGGAUACUCUGAUCCAUCACAGACUCAUGCUCAGUUCGCCGGCAAUGACCCGGCAUACGGCUCCGCUUACCCCAAUGUUAUUCCACAGCAUCCGAUGAGUGUAACGAGUAUCCUCGAUUCGACACCCCCAGAGGCGAUGAUGUCGGAGGAGAAGCGACAAGACGUCCUUCACCUAAUCAGCACGCGAUUCAACGAGACGGCGCAUUCGGCGGUGAAUACGCGCAAGGAGGCACUGAUGGAGGGCGAUAUCGAUGCUGAUAGUCAUAUCUUGAGUCUUCGGAUGAUGCAAACGUAUGUCGGAUCGUACUGGCUCCAUUUCCAUGCGCAACUCCCAAUCUUACACAAGCCUACGUUCGUCGCAGAUCGCACCCCCACGUUACUGCUCCUGUCUCUGAUGGCUAUCGGAGCGGCCACGCUCGAGAAGGCCCACGGACAGCUCGUUACCGAGGCGGCCGCCGAUCUAGCCAACUUUUUGGCGUGGCAUAUCCGAUGGGAGAUUUUCAUGGAUGUCGAUUUUCGGCCACCAGCAAAGCUAUGGGUAUUCCAGACGCUGCUGCUUUUGGAGGUGUACGAGAAGAGUUACUCGACCCGGGCACUGCAUGAACGGGCACAUAUCCACCACGAUACGACAUUGACGCUGAUGCGACGGGGCAGCUCUUUCUUAGGUCGAUCAGCGCUUGAUUCUCCAGCCAGUUAUCGCGAGGGGAAUCAGUCGUCCACGGCCACAUCAGAGACCGGAGUGCGCGAUGAUUCGUGGUCGCAGUGGAUUAGAACCGAAGCGACCAGACGCGUUGCUUUUGGUGCUUUUGUAAUGGACUCGAUUCACGGUACGAUGUUUGGACAUUCUGUCAAGAUGGUUGCACAUGAGCUGCGUCUGCCUCUGCCAUGCGACGAGGCACUGUGGUCUGCCACUAGUGCAGCGGAGGUGUCCCGUAUGCAGACCGUUCUUCAGUCGAACGGGGUCAAGCCGGUUAUGUUCCUGGACGGGUUGAAAAAGACAUUGACAGGACAGAAAGUGCGAACCAAUGGGUUUGGCAGGACCAUUCUUAUGGCCGGCUUACUUAGUGUCAGCUGGCAUAUGAACCAACGUGAUCUGCAGGUCAGCUCUCUGGGUGUUGCUCAAGCACUAGGUGGGCGAGAUAAAUGGCGGGCUUCGCUACUGCGGGCAUUCGAUAAUUGGAAACGGGAUUUCGAUGAAACGCUGGCCGAUUCAGGGUAUCGGGGCGGCUAUAGAAGCUUCUUCCAGCCGCAAUACCACGAAGACGACACCUUCGAGUCCCGCACGGUGCUUCAUCAUCUAGCUCACAUGGUGUCGCAUGUCGAUAUCGUCGACUGCCAGGUCUUCGGCGGAGCAAGUCGCCUGCUGGGACGGUCAAUCACGCCACGGGAUUACAGCACGGCGCGAGAGAAAAUGACAGAACGAUGGGCCACCAAAGCCUCCGCACGGGACGCAACAUUCUACGCUCUGAAGUUUCUGUGUCAAGUAUUACUACCCUCUCACAUAUCUCGCGUUGGUCCAAACGGUAAAUCCAUGGUCAAGCCAGCCGGCUACUCUGCUCGCGAAGACUUUCUACUCCACCGGCCGUGGGUUGUAUACUUGGCGGCCCUGGUUGUCUGGUCGUAUGGGUACGCAUUAGAAGGAGCCAUUCCGUCACCUCCAGAGCUGCCCACUGCCGGCUCGCAGAUCCAAGACAUGCAGCGCUUUCUACAAACGAUCGGGGCAGUCCGCGAACCCAGCGAUCUGGAGCACGUUACGGGCCGCAAUCAAUGCCUCGGGCUGCUGAUGCACCUCCAAGCGAGUUUUCGCGAUACGCGAUGGGAGCUGCUGCACGAGGCGGCGGGGUUGCUGGAACGGUGUAUUGAGAAGCUGAAAACGGUGCAGAGCAUUUUUUAA